UAACAAUAGGCUUAUAGACAGAUCAUAUGGUGUAGACACCGGCCGGGUUCAUUGUUUAGCUAUUGCAGUUAACUGGAAAACGGAAAAACGCCGAAGGACGAAGAUUUGGAAUUUUGGAUCUGUAACAGCUCUCUGGACGAUGGAGGGCUCAAUAUGCAGCUCAGAGCUCACACAAGAAGCAGAGAGGCUCAUGAUCAGAGACAUUAUCAUGGCUGCUGAAGCUCAGGUCAAGGAAGGAGACACCUUUUAUCUCAUCACUCAAAGAUGGUGGCAAAACUGGCUUGAUUAUGUGAACCAAGACCAAACAAAUACCACAAAUGAUGGAUCCUCAUUGUAUACUCCUGAGUAUUGCGAAUCAGCUGGUUCAAGUAAUUUGAAGAGACCUCCUGCCAUUGAUAAUUCUGAUUUAAUGUAUGAUGCAGUCUCAGAGGAAUCCAACCUGGGAUCGGAGCUUCAUGAUGCUCUUGUAGAGGGGCGUGACUACAUACUGCUUCCACAAGAUGUUUGGAAACAAUUAUAUGUAUGGUACGGGGGUGGUCCGACAUUGGCACGGAAAUUGAUCAGUUCAGGUUUGUCUCAGAUGGAAUUGGCUGUAGAAGUCUAUCCUUUACGCCUUCAACUGCUAGCAAUGCCAAAAGGAGAACGCGCUUCUGUGAGAAUAAGCAAGAAGGAAACAAUUGGUGAACUCCACAGAAGAGCUUGCGAAAUAUUUGACCUUAGUUUGGAACAAGCAUCCAUUUGGGACUAUUAUGGUCAUCGGAAACAUGCUUUGAUGAAUGACAUGGACAAAACACUUGAUGAUGCCAAUAUACAGAUGGACCAAGAUAUUCUUGUGGAGGUUGUUGGUGAGAGUAAUGGUCCUGCUAUUGUUGGUUCGAUGAGUUCUGUACAGGGCAAUGGGUCUGCAGAUAAAGAGACAACUUCUGUUCUCAUGGAACCUUGCAAAUCAAACUUAUCCAUUGCAGGGGGUCUAUCUGCAAGCAGAGGUGUUUCUAGGAGUUGCAGCUCAGAGUUGUCACAGAGCCAGCAGCUGGCCUCCCCCAUUAGAGAAGUGGAUAAUUCCUAUGGAACCAGUAGUGUCAGUACAAGGGGUGCUUCUGGAGGCCUCACUGGGUUGCUGAACCUUGGAAACACUUGUUUCAUGAAUAGUGCAAUACAGUGUCUUGUGCAUACACCUGAGUUUGCUCGAUAUUUUCGGGAAGAUUAUCAUCAAGAGAUAAACUGGCAGAACCCUCUGGGUAUGGUGGGUGAGCUAGCUUUAGCAUUUGGUGAGUUACUUAGAAAACUAUGGGCUCCUGGGCGCACUCCAAUUGCUCCUCGUCCAUUUAAAGCGAAGCUGGCUCGGUUUGCACCCCAAUUCAGUGGAUAUAAUCAACAUGAUUCCCAGGAGCUGUUGGCCUUUCUUCUUGAUGGACUUCAUGAAGAUUUGAAUCGUGUUAAGCACAAACCUUACAUUAAAUCAAGAGAUGCAGAUGGCCGUCCUGAUGAAGAAGUUGCUGAUGAGUACUGGGCAAACCACAUUGCUCGAAAUGAUUCUAUAAUUGUUGAUGUGUGCCAAGGUCAAUACAAAUCGACUCUGGUUUGCCCAGUAUGUGGCAAAGUUUCCGUGACUUUUGAUCCCUUCAUGUACCUUUCGUUGCCACUCCAGUCCACCACUACUCGGACCAUGACUGUCACAGUUUUUACUAGUGAUGGAAGUGCACUUCCAAUACCAUGUACUGUGACAGUUCCAAAGCAGGGCCGUUGUAGGGAUCUAAUUCAAGCAGUUAGCAGUGCCUGUUCCUUGAAAAAUGGAGAGAAGCUAUUGCUUGCAGAGGUACGUGGCCACUUAGUCAAUCGGUUCUUGGAGGAUCCUUUAAUGUCAUUGUCCACCAUAAAAGAUGAUGACCAUCUUGCUGCAUAUAAGAUGCCGAAAUUUGUUAAGAACACGGUAUUUCUCCAGUUGAUACACCGUCGAGAACACAGGGAUGGUAAUAGUACCCACACAGGCUGGAAGCCUUAUGGUACCCCUCUUGUUGCACCUAUCUCACGUGAUGAUGUUAUCACAAAAGGUGAUAUACAAACAAUAGUUCACACCAUGCUCUCUCCCAUGCUAAGAAUUGAGAGUCUACAGUCUUCAGAUCAUCCUGAUACAAGUAUCUCAGCAGCAGCAUCACAUGCAUCUCGUGAAGUUAGUUCUGGUGAAGCAUGCACAGAUUCCACUGUAUCAGACUCCAUAGACAAGGAUGAGAGUAGUUCUAAGAUUGUUGUGACAUCAAAACUUCCAUUGCAGCUAGUUGAUGAAAAUAAUGCAUGUAUUGAUCUGUCAACAGGAGAAGAAAAAACAAUCAGACUUUCCUCAUCUUCAACAUCAAUUUUGGUUUUUAUUGAUUGGUCACAGAAGCAUUUGGAGAAGUAUGAUACCCAUUAUUUGGAGAAUUUACCAGAAGUUUUUAAGUAUGGGCCAGCAACUAAGAAAGCCCGUACUGAACCUCUUUCCUUGUACACCUGCUUGGAAGCUUUUUUGCGUGAAGAACCUUUGGUGCCUGAAGAUAUGUGGUACUGUCCACAAUGCAAAGAGCGGCGCCAAGCAAGCAAGAAGUUGGAUCUAUGGAGACUUCCUGAAGUAUUAGUCAUCCAUUUAAAGCGAUUCUCCUACAGUAGGUCAAUGAAGCAUAAGCUGGAGACCUUUGUAAACUUCCCCAUUCAUGACCUAGACUUGACAAAUUAUGUAGCCAACAAGAACAGCUCGAAGCGCCAACUUUAUGAGCUCUAUGCUUUGAGUAACCACUAUGGUGGCAUGGGAAGCGGGCACUACACAGCACAUAUCAAGCUUCUAGAUGAGAAUAGAUGGUAUAACUUUGACGACAGCCAUAUUUCGCCCAUAAGUGAGGAGGAUGUUAAGUCAGCUGCAGCGUAUGUACUUUUCUAUAGAAGGGUGAAAACUGAAGAUGCCACUGUAAGCAAUGGAGCACAAUCCUGUGCAGGACCCAACAACAUAUCAUCUCAGAAGUAGACUAUGGAAAGGGAGGUAAAACUUGAAUACUUUAGCAUUAGAUGUAUAUAAUUUAUUUAUUGAAGGGGAAAAGGUAUUGUCCAAUAGCAAGUGAAAACGUUUGCCAUUCUCCCAUGUAUUACUUUCUGUUGUUUGAAGCGCCUUGUAUUACUUUUAACAAGUGAAAAAUCUUCUGGGUGAAAUGAACCUUCAUUCUGCACCAGAUAUUCUUUUUUUUUGUUGUUAAUAUUUAGUCCAAGGAUAAAUUGUAAUGGGGAUUUAUUAUAUGGACCUAAAGAUCAGGAUAGAGUAAGAUUAUGAGAUUACCUGCUAUUCCAUGAUAAUGAUACCCUGUGACUCUGUAAUGGGGAUUGGGGAUUUCUUUGGUAAGCAACGAAUUCAAUCAAAGCACUAAAACAGGCUGGAUGCAACGGAAUUUUCGCAAUCUGAUUUUAGCCAGAUAUACUUUCGACCAAGCAACGAAGGACAUCGUAUCCCAGUUGGCGCAGCUUUGGCUUCUGGAAUCAGCUCAUUUCGGUUUGUCGUUGUUAGUGUACUCAUCUUGAAUGAUGAUGGAAUCUUCACAAAUACAAGUGUUUUUGUUUCUCUGGUUUUUGAAAAUUACUCAUCAGUAAAAAAAAAGAGUUGUGUUA